CAAAAAUCAAUCAAUCAUUCUCUCUUCCUUUCUCUCUCUCUUGAAAAUUUGGACAGGAAUAGAGAGAGAGAAAGAAGAAGAAGAAAGAUUCUAUCUUAAUUAUCUUUAGAUACAAACUUACCUAUAUCUAUAUAUUUAUAUUAGAUUUAUUUACUAAAAACAAAAAAAUAAAAAAGAAAGAUGGAGCACCAAAAUUCAGUAGUUGAAGUUAAUUCAAUGGCUGUGGAUCCUUUCUUGGUUGAAGCUCUUCAGAAUCCACGCCAUCGUCUCACUAUUCUCCGAAUGGAACUUGACAUUCAAAAGUUCAUCCAGAACUCUGAACAGCAACAAUUUGAGUUUCAGCAUUUCCCGACUUCAUAUCUUCGUCUUGCAGCCCACCGUGUGGCGCAGCACUACGGUCUGCAAACCAUGGUUCUUGAGAACUUCUCUGAUGGACAAGGGACUCGAAUUUUGGUCAAAAAGUUGGCUGAAGCUAAGCUACCUGCAAUCUGUCUAUCAGAUGUACCAACUAAACUUUCAGAAAACGAGAAACACGAGCAUGUCAAGGUUGUAUUAAAACCUAGACCAAAGUUAUCAUCUGAUGGAGAAAAUGUGGGAAUGAAAUCUAAUUCAAUAAAAACAGUUGAGGAAAGGAAAGAGGAUUAUGAUAGGGCACGUGCUCGUAUUUUUAGCUCUCCCGGCAGUCCCCAAUCAGAAAAUACACCAUUAAGGACCAAUUCAGAUGGAAAAAGUUUGUGCUUCAGUGGAGAUGAAAAUGAAGGUUAUAGAAACUCAGCUAUCGAAUUGGAAAGAAGCUUGAGUAGGGAUGCAAAUGGAAAUACUUCUCGUGUAGCCAUUAUUAGGGACAGGGAGAAGGAUCUGACUGACCCAGAUUAUGAUCGGAGCUAUGAUAGGUAUGUGAGGAAUCUUCCGGUUGGUCAAGGUUUUAACUUAUUGCCUCUGACUUUGCCAAAGUUCCAACCUCAGUGUGUCCAGUAUGAUGCCGUAAUACCACACUUGGCUCAGACGCCAAAUGCCCAAGCACCACUUGGCUUUAGGAGUCCACCUAUGAAUCCGUAUGCUGUAAUGGGUUUGAACCACGUAUCAAGGGAUGCUGUCUAUAUGCAAUGGCCAUCUCAUUCCAUGAUGUAUGCACAUUCAUAUGAUCAGUUUAGGCAUGCUGUUUUUCAGGCACCAUUCUGUCAGCAGCAACCCCUGAGUUUCGAUUACUCACAAAACCAUUAGGCUCGGAUUGGAGCUAAAAGAUCAACCACAUUGAAUUGCAUCUACAUCGAUUUUGUUAUGUAUUAGGAAAUUACCUUUGUAUCACUUUUGGUUAUUCGUCUAAAACUUUUGUUCUAUUCAACUAUUAAUUUAUGCACUAUUAUCUAGUCUUCCAA